AUGUUAUCAAUACAUACCAAAUAUUCAUAUAAAUUACCCAAACUAUGUUAUUGUCACUAUAGAAAAUACGCAACAUCAGUUCCACAAGAUGAUGAACCAAUGAAUCACCAUAAAAGAUUAGAUUUACAUGAUUGGCCUACUACAAAAAAUCCAACCCCAUAUGAAAUUUUUGGAUUAUCUUCCCAAGAUAUAGGGAUGUCCACAAUAGAAUUAAACAAGAUCAUUAAAUUAAAAUAUAUUAAAUUUGUUAAAAUUUAUCAUCCUGAUACUUCAUUACAGCAUCAAGAUUCAGAAUCAAACGUACUAUCAGAUGACAUUAAGCGUAAAAGAUUCGAUUUGAUUCAACAAUCAUAUGAUAUAUUGAGAGAUGCAAGAAGAAGAUCAGCAUAUAAUAGGUUCAAAACUACAUCUUGGGAGCAACAAGGCAAAUACCAACCUAACCCUAACCCAUGGUCAAAAGAAAAUUUUGAAACUUAUAGAAGAGCUAAUGCUCAUAGAUCAAGAUAUGAUUUCAAUAAAGAUGAAGCAUUUUGGACUGCGGGGACUUGGAAUGAUUAUUAUCAAAUGAAGUAUCAACGAUCUCCUCCAACAAAGGAAGAAAUGGAAAAAAAUAAAUAUAAAAUAUUGUUUGGAGUUGUUGCUUUUGGAGUAUUAGCUUUCAGUUUACAAUUCAUGAAUGCAAUAGAUAAAACAAAUCAAUAUAUUUUGGAUACUCAUAAGAUGAAUUUAAAAUCAAUGAAAGAUUUAAAUGAAAGUUAUACUGGUAAUGAUAUAAGUAAUAUUGAUAAUUAUUCUCAAGCAAGUACAAUAAAGAGAUUCUUAUUAUCAAGAAGGUCAACUAUGCAACUGAAGAGAAAAAAUGAUGACGAUCCAUUUAGCAAUGAAGAACCUAGUGAUCAUGAAUUAUUGGUUAAAUACGCUAAGGGGAGAGUAAAUAAAUGGGAUAAAGCUGAAAAUGAAUGGGCUCAACAAAGGGUUAAACCUGAAGUCAAUAGUGAUUUUAAGUUUAGCGAAAGCACUCGUUAA